AACACGUUUUCUCCGCGUCGCACCGGUGGGAGAGAAUUUGAGCACACUAUUUGGAACCACCAACACCGUUUCUCUCAUUCCAAUCCCGGUCGAACACAGCAUCCACGCCGCCGCCUCCGCAACAUCCUCACUCACGAGUGGCUCGAAUCCAUCCAUAAACCCGUCGUACAUGCUUUUAUCGAACCCGACUCUUUGUUCGUGGAAAUGCGUCGCUACAACCCCUGGACGUAGCGCCAAUACCUUAAUGUUUGUACCGACGAGCUCCGAUUGUGCCCCUACCGGCUUGCUUCAUUUUGCCUUCGUUAAGAACAGCGUAGGUGGUGAAGAGCAUGCCGUUGACAUUGGUACCCGUCAUCUUGAUUACAUCCGGGAGAGAUAGGUCUGGGAAAGCAGAAGGUGCACCGAGUGCCAGACCAGCAUUAUUGAUCAGAAUGUCGAUAGGUUUGUCGUUGAGUUGUUUGACUGCAGCUUGAAUGGCCUCUGUUACGGCUGUAUGCGAACUAAUGUCUACAGAGUAGGUGUAGAUUGUGGCCUCUGGCUGCUCUUUUUGGAUUUCGGAGGCAAGUGCUUCUAGUUUGUCGCUGGUGCGCGCGAAGAGAAUUAAAAUUGCUCCUUCACGUGCGAGACGGCGGGCAAUCGCAGCACCAAUGCCCAUGCUGGCGCCGGUGAUGAGAACUGACUUAUCCUGUAGAGACAUUUUUGCUCGAAUUCGCAAUCUCCAGGAGGUUUGGAAGUGAUGAUGCGUGAUGCACCAUUGUGUACCGAGGAAGAAAGUACCGAAUGAGAGGGAGACCUGUAUGACGUCACCGUUAGGGUUUACUU